AUGACUAAGAAAGUUGCUCUCGCAGUUAUUGAUUUACAAGAAGAUUUCUUACCUUCACAAGGUUCAUUGGCUAUAGCUAAUGGUAGAGACGUUAUACCAUUAAUUAAUGAACUAAUAAGUAAUAGAAAAUACCAUUGGAGUGCCAUUGUGGCUACUCAAGAUUGGCAUCCCAAAGAUCAUACGUCAUUUGCUUCUCAACAUCAGGUUCCACCAUUUUCAGAACUUGAAUUCACUCAUCCAUUAGGUGAAAUCGAUACUAAUACUAAUCAAAUUAAAAUUCAAAAACAAUUCGUCUGGCCCGAUCAUUGUGUUCAAGAAUCUUCAGGGGCAUGUCUUGAUGCUCUGUUUCUCGGAAAUUUCAAUCUGAUAGCUCCAAAUAUCCCUAAAGCUAUAGUUAAAAAGGGGUAUUUAACUGAUAGGGAAUAUUAUUCUUGCUUUCAAGAUACUUGGGGGAUACAUAAAACUGAAAUGACGGAAUUCUUAAAGGAACAUGGUAUAACAGAUGUUAUAUUCGUGGGAUUAGCUUAUGAUUUCUGUGUAGUUAAUUCCGCUAUUGAUUCAGCUAAGAAUGGAUUUAAAACUUAUGUUUUAAAGAAUUACUCAAAGAGUGUUUAUCCUGAUAAGGAAGCUGAAACUGAUGCUAUUUAUAAAGCCAAUGGAAUUGAAAUCAUCACUGAUGAUUCCUUUUCAAGCAUUUUCUGA